GAGAAGGAGAGAGAGAGAGAGAGAGAGAGAGAGAGAGAGAGAGACAGACAGAGUGAGAGUGUGUGUGAGAGAGAGGGGGGGGUUUCUGUAGCGGCUCUCCACUGGAGGGCGAGAGGUAACGCAGGAGUGGGCAGCAUUAUCAGGAGGCAGGGACACACAGACAGUACAGCAGCUGGACAAAAUCCGGCCCGGGGAUCUGACCAGCUCCGGAUUUACAGCAGCUCCUGAAAUCAGCAGUUCACGACAAGAUAUGCUGUUGUCCUGGUGAAACACUAGAUGCAGCACUGAACAUCCUCACCCGUUGUCCUCAGUCGUCCAUCUUUCCCUGACACAACUCUAACAUCUUUCUGAUUUGUGAGCAGCCAUGACGAAGUCAUAUGAAUUCAACUGGCAGAAGCAUGUCCCCGGUUUCCUGCAGGAAGGCGCCGUAUUUGACCGAAUUGAUGAGGAUCCAUUUGUCUUUGAAUCCAGCUGCCUUAUCAAAGUUGAUGAAUUUGGAUUCUUUCUCACAUGGAAAAGUGAUGGCAAGGAGGGCCAAGUCCUAGAAUGUUCUCUCAUAAACAGUGUCCGCACUGGUUCAGUGCCAAAGGACCCAAAGAUCACUGCAUCUUUGGAGGCAGCGGGGAGGAGUGAGGCUGAUCUGGAAGGCUGUGUCAUCUGUGUGUGCAGUGGCCCCGACCUGGUCAACCUCAGUUGCAUGUACAUGGUGGCUGACAGCGCCGACACCGCCAAGAAAUGGAUGGACGGGCUGAAAUCAGUCAUUCAUAACUUCAAGGCAAACAAUGUGUGUCCAAUGACUUGCCUUAAGAAGCAUUGGAUGAAACUGAGCUUUCUGACCAACAUCAAUGGGAAAAUCCCAGUUCGAGGCAUCACAAGGACUUUUGGCUCAGGCAAAACCGAGAAAGGAAUAUUCCAGGCCUUGAAAGAGCUCGGCCUCCCCAGUGGGAAGAAUGACGAAAUUGACCAUUCUGUGUUCACCUUUGACGUCUUCUAUGCGCUCACUCAGAAAAUAUGCCCGCGCACAGAUAUCGAGGAGCUCUUCAAAAAGAUCAAUGGGGACAAAAGUGAUUAUUUAACAGUAGACCAGUUAGUCAGCUUUCUGAAUGAAAACCAGCGGGACCCUCGGCUGAACGAGAUCUUAUUCCCCUUCUACGACCCCAAACGAGUCAUGCAGAUCAUCGAGAAGUACGAGAGAGACGAGGACCUAAAGAAGAAAGGUCGGAUGUCCAGCGAUGGUUUCUGCCGGUACCUGAUGUCAGAUGAGAAUGCACCUGUGUUUCUGGACCGCCUAGACCUGUGUCAGGACAUGGAUCAGUCUCUAGCACACUACUUCAUCAGCUCCUCACACAACACAUACCUGACUGGCAGACAGUUUGGGGGCAAAUCAUCUGUGGAAAUGUACAGACAGGUGCUGCUCUCAGGAUGCAGGUGUGUGGAGCUAGACUGCUGGGAUGGUAAAGGAGAGGAUCAAGAACCCAUUAUUACCCAUGGGAAGGCCAUGUGUACUGACAUUCUGUUUAAAGAUGUAAUUCAGGCUAUUAAAGAUACAGCUUUUGUGACAUCGGACUUUCCUGUUAUUCUUUCAUUUGAAAACCACUGCAGUAAAACCCAGCAGUAUAAGAUGGCAAAAUACUGUGAGGAUAUCUUUGGAGACCUGUUACUCAAGCAGCCACUGGAGGGCUUCCCAGUACGUGAUCUUCUGAAUCAGAAUUCACACACGAUCUAUCAAAGAACUAGAGUGUGUGCAAUGAUUGAGGCUGGGCGCGCCCUACCUUCACCAAACGACCUUAAAAGAAAAAUCCUCAUUAAAAACAAACGCUUAAAGCCAGAAGUGGAACAGAAGCAACUGGAAUCAUUUAAGAGACACAUGGAGGCAGGGGAGAUAAGUGUACAGGCAGGAGAGGAUGACAAUGAAGAAGACUUAGAGAACGACAGUAAAACAGACUCAGAUACAAAAACCCGCAACAACAUCUCCUCAGAAGAGCCUAGUGAAAAAGACACACAAGAAAACAGUGUCAAGAAGUAUAAGAUUUCUGAUGACGAGACCACAGAGGUUUCGGAGGCAACAGAAGCAGAUGUUACUGAUGUGUCAGAGGCUUUAGAGCUCGAUAACAAGAAGAAGGGUGUGGAUACAGCAGAGGAUGCGGAUGCUGAGCAGCAACUAAUUGCCUCAUAUAAGUAUGAAGGAGCCACAACCAACAUCCACCCUUAUCUGUCUGCCAUGGUAAACUACGCCCAGCCGGUCAAGUUCCAGAGCUUCGAGAUCGCAGAGGAGAAAAAUAUCCAUCACAACAUGUCUUCCUUUAAUGAGUCUGUUGGUCUUGGCUACUUGAAAACCAAUGCCAUAGAGUUUGUGAACUACAACAAGCGGCAGAUGAGCCGGAUCUACCCCAAAGGAGGCCGUGUGGACUCCAGUAAUUACAUGCCUCAGAUCUUUUGGAACGCUGGGUGCCAGAUGGUGUCUCUGAACUUUCAGACUCCAGAUUUGGCUAUGCAGCUGAACCAGGGGAAGUUCGAGUACAACGGUGCGUGUGGGUACCUAUUGAAGCCAGAUUUCAUGCGCCGCUCUGACAGGAUGUUUGACCCGUUCUCUGAGACACCAGUGGAUGGUGUCAUUGCUGCCACCUGCAGUGUUCAGGUAUUCUCAGGUCAGUUUUUAUCUGAUAAGAAGAUUGGCACUUACGUAGAAGUGGAUAUGUACGGCCUUCCCACUGACACCAUCCGCAAAGAGUUUCGUACGCGUAUGGUGAUGAACAACGGCCUAAACCCGGCUUACAACGAAGAGCCUUUUGUUUUCAGAAAGGUCAUUCUGCCUGAACUGGCUGUGCUGAGAAUGGCAGUGUAUGAUGAUAACAAUAAGCUGAUUGGUCAGAGGAUCCUGCCACUGGAUGGCCUGCAGGCUGGCUAUAGACACAUCUCUUUGAGAAACGAGGGUAACAAGCCGCUCUCCCUACCCACAAUCUUCUGCAAUAUUGUCCUUAAAACCUACGUGCCUGAUGGCUUUGGAGCUAUUGUGGAUGCUCUCUCAGACCCAAAGAAGUUCCUUUCCAUAGCAGAGAAACGCGCAGAUCAAAUGAGAGCUCUUGGCAUUGAAACGAGUGACAUUGCAGAUGUGCCAAAUGAAAUGUCCAAGAAUGAUAAGAAGGGCAAAGUGAAUCAGGUGAAGGCAAACGUGACACCUCAGACCAGUUCAGACAUGGGACAGACCUUCAGCAACACGCAAAAUAACAGCUCUGAAAACAAGAAAGAUCCUGCUCUGGUGAACCAGGUGACAAUUGAGGACCUGAAACAGAUGAAGACCUAUGUAAAACUGAUAAAGAAGCAGCAGAAAGAACUAAACACUUUGAAGAAAAGACAUGCAAAGGACCACAAUGCCAUGCAGAAAUCACAUUGCACCCAAGUGGACAAGAUGGUCGCUCAGCAUGACAAAGAGAAAUUUACGCUGGAGAAGCUUUUAGAGAAAGCAAUCAAGAAAAGAGGAGAAAACAAUUGCUCUGAGUUAAAGAAAGAGAUUGCAGUAAAAGUGGAGACCCUAACAUCAGACCACAAAGCAAAGGUCAAGGAUAUCGUAGCCCAGCAGACGAAGGAGUGGUCAGAGAUGAUCGACUCUCACAGCACAGAGGAGCAGGAGAUGAAGGAUGCACAUGUGACACAGCAAUGUGAGCAUCUGAAGAAACUACUGUCUACCGUCCAGGAGCAGCAAACCAUGCAUCUCAAACUAAUCCAUGAAAGACAAAGCAAAGAAAUGAAGGGUAAUCAGGCUAAGACAUCCAUGGAAAACAGUAAAGCCAUCAGCCAGGACAAGAGUAUUAAAAACAAGGCUGAGAGGGAAAGGAGGGUGCGGGAAUUGAACAGCAGUAACACGAAAAAGUUCCUUGAGGAGCGAAAACGGUUGGCUAUGAAGCACUCCAAAGAAAUGGAACAGUUGAAGAAAUCACAGCGUGAGCAGCUGGACAAACUUGAGAAAUUCAACGAGCAGCUUUUGAAAUCACACCAUGCAAACUCUCAGAGUCAAGGCCAAGGACAUGCAGCAGAUGGUGAAGCUGGAGGCGGAGAUGGACCGCAGACCAGCCACAGUAGUUUAGCUGCUCCAUCCAUCAACUGAGUAAAAGAGAGAGACUCCUUCUCUACACAACUGUCCUGAAAUUCCUGGUUCUGUAAAUUCUAUAAACUCUGAACACUUUUUCUUCUACUCCUCAUAGUCCUCGAUUGCUCUGAGCCUCCUGCUACAUUUUGUGGAUUUGUAGGGACUCCAUCAGGCAUGGAACAAGAAAUAUGGCUCCACCGAUAAUAAAAUUUCCUCCCUUUUGCUCAGCUCCUCCCUGCUGCCAAUAUACAGCCACCCCUCUAACAUCGACCUCUGUUUGUAGUCCGUCCUUGCUGCUGAGGUGCUCCUUCUGCUAACUCUUUGCAGGAUCUAGGCCAAUGCUGGACACCCACACCCACACACAGAACAGUGUUUUUUGGCCAUUGCAAGUGCUCACAGUAUCAACCUGAGUGCAGUUCUGACCUGGGGCCUCAAGGUGGACAUAAUUCAAAGGUUUUUUUUAAAAGCCUUUUAAAUUAUGUCUCUGUGGUACUAGAUUAUAGUAGCAGCAGACAUAUGAAGGCAUAACUGAAAAGAUUUUAGUUGUUUUUUUGUCAGCACAAAUUUGUGAAAACAAGUUGAAAAUAAUAUCCUGAGCACUUUAUAUGUGUUAGGCUGUCAAAAAAAAUUGUAGCAGUGUAGCUGUUAUACCUGUGCUAAGAAUAAACAGUUAUAUGUCCAAACACUGUAUUGAGGACGAAAAGGUCUGAAGUGAAUGAAACCAAACAAAGCAGGAAACAAAGUAGUUCUUACACAUUUUUUUCUUAUGAAAUGCAUUGCUUUUGUUUUUACGACUUAAUUCUGUUUGAUUAAAUUCAUCAGGUAAAGCUAUUUUUCAGGUAAAGAUUUGUUUUUGCAGUGUUUGGUCUGAAAUACCACUAUGUUUUUUUAUUUGCCGAUAUAUAUUUUAACACUGUACUGUACUUGUUACACUGUUUGUUCACAUGUUUAUAUCUAAUGAUCGUUAUGGUGUUGACAUUCCAUGAUGGACCUGAAUACCCAUGUGAUCCGAGUAAUAAGGGACAAAAAAGGAUUCCAUGCACUACAGGAAAUUUGCUUGGAAAUCAUCCAUUUGCUCCCAGCAUUCAACAAUCACAAUUUUAUUGGGCAACAAUUAUUGAAAUUGGCUGAGUGCAAUAACAAUUCAGUGUUUUUUAGGAAGAGGUACUAGAUGGCAAAAGCUUUUACUUUUAGUACUUGGGCUGUAAUUUUAUAGUCCAGUCAUGUAACUUGGUUCCUCAUGGAUGAAAAAAGGCAGCUCCUGCUUUGGGUUUAGAAGCAGGUGACACAACAGUCACUUACUGAAACAUAAAAAUGUUUGCCUUCAGCAAUAGAAUAGGCCUCUGCAGUGAAAUAUAAUGGCACUAUUUGUUGCUCUUAAUAAACAAUUUCCUGUUAAAAAUCAGAUAGUAAAGACUGUACGUAGUGGAAAAUAUGAAUGUAGUUCAAUUAACAGAGGGUUUAAAAGUACGCUUAUUAAACAAGGGCUCUGGGAUAGUGUGUACAUGUUAGUUAUUGGAAUGUGACCUAAAAAAGUUAUUUUCUGUGCAGUUUUUCCAAUCUUUAAAAUCCAGAAUGCUACCUAUAUUGUGCUUUCACUACAUAUCUAUUAUGGAAUAAUGAGCAAAGUGCUUUUAAUCUUAAAUCCAUUGCUUACAAAUGUGCCACUCGAUGUCUGUUAGGAUGUUUAAAUUAUUUUACAAAUGGAAAAAUGCCAAAAUAAGGGGUUAUUUAUAUACAGAUAUAAAUAUAUAAAUAUACAUAUUAAAAACAUAGUGUGUAGUUUAAGAAUAUAUUUCAUGUUAGAGGCUAUUUGCACUAGUUGGCUGUUCCGUGAUUUUAAAUUUAUUCUUUUUUUUUUUUUUUGCUAUACAUUUUGCAGAGAAAAGAAUAUAUUUUGCAGAUUAACGUUGCUUUGAAAUUCAUCUGUUUGUACUAUUUUUUGUUGUUUUGUUUUUUGUUAUAUUGUUAUAUUUGUUAUAUUGUUUUUUUUGUUUGUUUGUUUGUUUUUUUAGCUAUCUGCAGCUAGUCAAUGGACCAUGUGGGUGUUUUUGUAUUUAUAUUGUAUUUGUCAAACUUUUAGAAAUGGGAACUACUAAAAAAAAAUACUGUUAUCCUGCUACUUUAAUACUGUUUUAUAGUAUGUGUACCAAUAAACCAUACAGGUGUUAAAUGAAA